UGCCGAAUUUGGGAAGAGGGAAUACAAACUCAAGAAAAAGGAAAAAAAGAAAGAGCCGACAUAACUGAAAGGGAGAUCUAACAAGAGAAAGGGAUCUGAGGGCUUUUGGUUUUGGGCAGUUUUGGAUCUGUAGUAGACCAGAGAUAAGAGCCAGAAUUUCCGGCCGCGAGAGAGGAGAGAACAGCCAAAGGCGAAUUCCAGCAUAAGAGAUCUUCAAUUUUCUCCUUCAAUCGCUACAAGUCGCUUCAUCCUUCCCUGAAUUCAGAAUAUUAAGCCAGAAGAAAAAUUCGAAUGCCGGACAACUCGUGAUUUCCUAGAAUAUAGAAGGCCUGACGAAAUUCUAGUGUGGACGUUAGCUCAUCCGGAGCAUUUUCAUCUGCAAGUCCAUAGCCUCCCGAUAUUCCUCCCCUAGACGACAAAUGGACAUUAAAUCUCUGGCAACCAGAUGACUACUCAUUCUCUGAAGCAAACGUCCAGACGUGGCUCCUUCUUUUGUUAGUUUAAUAUCCUGGGACGCAUGGAUUUGGUGUCAAACCGAGUCCCUUACAAGAAUCUGAGGCAGGCAGAAGUAGAAUUAGUGGGCGCUGACGAACAUUUUCAUCACGAUCAUUAUCGAUUUGAGUUCCAUGGUAAUCACGAUAGACCUAGGGAAUCAGACGGAACAUUUUCUGAUCUCUCCAUGAAUUCGCCUCAAGCUCAGCCAUCGCCACCACCAAAGAACACUAGUUUGCCUACCUUAAUCCUGAGCUGUACGAUUGCUGCUGGUGUACAGUUUGGCUGGGCACUGCAACUUUCUCUUCUCACACCUUACAUUCAGACACUUGGAAUACAACAUGCCUUUUCAUCAUUUAUCUGGCUGUGUGGUCCUAUCACAGGUCUUGUGGUUCAACCCUGUGUGGGUAUUUGGAGUGAUAAAUGCACCUCAAGAUAUGGAAGAAGAAGACCUUUUAUUCUCAUUGGAUCACUCAUGAUUUCUGUUGCUGUGAUAAUUAUCGGAUUUUCUGCAGACAUUGGUUAUUUAUUAGGAGACACAAAAGAGGAUUGCAGAACAUUUAAAGGUACGCGAGUCAGAGCUGCCGUCAUAUUUGUUAUUGGAUUUUGGAUGCUGGAUCUUGCAAACAAUACUGUGCAGGGUCCUGCUCGUGCUCUUCUGGCUGAUUUAUCUGGUCCUGAUCAAAGAAACUCAGCGAAUGCUAUAUUUUGCUGUUGGAUGGCAGUUGGUAACAUCCUAGGAUUCUCUGCUGGUGCUAGUGGGAAUUGGCACAGGUGGUUUCCUUUCUUAACUAGCAGAGCUUGCUGUGAGGCCUGUGGAAAUCUUAAGGCAGCAUUUCUGAUUGCAGUGAUAUUCCUUGCGAUAUGUACUUUGAUGACUCUCCGCUAUGCGAAAGAGGUUCCACUAGCACCAAAGCCAACUCCACAUUUAUCAGAUUCAUUUCCUCUCUUGGAUGUUCUUGAAAAGAGGGCGUUUAAAUCUUCUAAUCAGCAGACAAACAUAAAUGUGACUGACGGUGCACAUAAGCAUAAUCAUUAUAAUGGUUGUGAAAUGCAAGUGAACUCGAAAAACGAUGAACAUAUGAGUAAUGAGGAAGUUCAAAUUGAUAGUAUCACUGAAAGUCCUGGGGCUGUGUUGGUAAAUCUGUUAACAAGCAUGAGACAUUUACCGCCAGCCAUGCACGGAGUACUUACAGUUAUGGCUCUUACUUGGUUGUCUUGGUUUCCAUUUUUUCUUUUCGAUACGGAUUGGAUGGGGAGAGAAGUUUAUCAUGGGAACCCAAAGGGGGAUGUAUCCGAGGUUAAGGCUUAUGAUCAUGGUGUCAGAGCAGGUGCAUUUGGUCUGCUAUUAAAUUCAGUUGUUCUUGGUGUUACCUCAUUCUUAAUUGAACCGAUGUGUCGAAGGAUGGGUGCAAGGAUUGUUUGGGCAUUGAGCAACUUUAUAGUGUUUCUGUGUAUGGCGGGAACUGCCAUAAUUAGCUUUGUUUCUAUGAUAGAGGAGGAGGAGGAUUCUAAAGGAGGCAGUGGAGCACUCAAAACUGCCUCUCUUAUUGUUUUUGCUCUCUUGGGCUUCCCUCUUGCUAUUACAUAUAGUGUUCCCUUCUCUGUUACGGCAGAACUGACAGCCGAUUCUGGCGGUGGACAAGGACUUGCCAUUGGUGUUUUAAAUCUUGCUAUUGUGGUACCACAAAUGAUGGUAUCUCUGGGUGCUGGUCCAUGGGAUGCACUGUUUGGGGGAGGAAAUAUUCCUGCAUUCGCUUUAGCUUCUGUAAGUGCCUUUGCUGCUGGAGUAGUUGCCAUGCUUAAAUUGCCUCAUCUUUCUAGCAAUUCUAACCGAUCAUCACCGAGUUUCCACUUUGGUUGACGUGGUCAAAUGGUUGGCGUAUAUAACAUAUGUAUGGAAAGAAUUUUAAAUAUGGAACUCAAUUCAUUCAAAACUUAGCCCACAUGUAAACUGAGAUCUAUAGAUAGAUAGUAGAUAUAUAGAUAGAUUAUAGUUCAUAUUACAACUGAGAAUCGUUUCGAUGGCCCAUUUGCCAUUUGGGGAAGAGAGGUUUAGGGAGUGUCUUUUGUAUGAAUUAAUUUGGUAUACUGAAGUUCUACAUAUUAUAUACUCAUUUCUUUCUACAAA